AUGGCAGACAACCACUCUCGACCGCGUCAAUCGGUCGUCAAACCUGCCUGGCCGACAAGAUCAAAUGCAUUUGUCUCAAUACCAGACGAGGGCAGUGCAUCUGCGUCUGCCCUACACUCAGCCUACCCAACGGAUCCUGUCUUGACAGGGUUGCAGACCCCGUUGACGGCCAUGGACUCUCCCGAUGACCACAUUCCUAGAAGUUUCUUUUCGUCCUCUGAUGUUCCAUUCCCGGAUUACUCUGGCUCCUUUGAACCCUACCCGUUCCAACAUAUGCAAGGCGACUCCCAGUAUUCCAUUUCGUCUCCUGGUACAUCGCUCCCACCUCGCUUUGUGGAAUCGUCUUCUGCUGCUGUCGACGGUGUUACCAGUCACCAGCCCGCUGCCGCACCAUGGAAUCAUCUGACUGCCACCGGAGGAGUACUUGCCUUUUUAUCUGACACAGGGAGCUCUAAUGAACCUGGACUGCCUCCACGACAUCUGGAAACUCCUCUUCAUGAUCGUACAUUCUCUUCUGCCAGCGCACAAAAAUCCCUAGGAGAUUCAGGCUACGAGACUCGAUCAAGGAAAUCUCAGCAUGAAGUAGACUCGGUCAUGGACGAGCAGACAGAAAUGGAUGACCAGGACAUGGACACAACUUCCCAUUUGCCACCCUAUGCUCAUUCCACUCGCCCACCCAACACCUCUCGUGCCCCGAAUGCAACUCAACGACCGCAGCAAAGACCUGGAGAGUUGGAAUGUUCGGAAUGUAGGUAUACGGGCAAGACAAGGUCCGAUCUGAAAAAACACUGUGCUCGCCACAAGCGCGAGCACAAAUGUCCCUUUGCGGAGUGCGCCCGGCACGCCAAAGGGUUUGCAACUGUCAAUGACCUUGACAGACAUCUAAAGGCGGUGCAUAACAUCAACAACCGGAAGACCAGAUCCUACAAAUGUUUCGCCGACGGCUGCAACAAAGCGGGAAAGGAAUGGCCUCGGUUGGACAAUUUCAAGCAGCACCUCAAAAAGAUGCAUGGCGAAGAGACCGUGGAUGAUCUGCUUCAAGCGUACGUGUCCGCCCUCUGCUGCAUAUUCUUCGCGCUGACUCUUGCAAGGUCCAACAAAUGGUAUGAGCAGCAACCUCAACAUGCACAUGCGGAUGAGACGGCAUCCCUUGCGCCGUCGAUCGCCUCGCCCUCGUCGCCCUUGGUUUCCGGUCACGAUCGGUUUCCCCUUUCUGACAAUAACAACAGCUAUUCAAAUGCCGCCCACGUUUUCAAUUCAAACAUGCCCGAGACCGUCCAGAUGUCUCGCCAGACAAGUCACAAUGGUCAGGUCAAUAAUCAAGAUCUAAUCCGGCCCUUGGGCCUAACCCACGCGAUGUCGCAACAACAUCCGGGCCGACACAUAUCCACGGCGACCCAGAACCACAGCUUGCGACAAGCGCGAGCCUUUCCUAACCCGGACAUCAACGACAUGUCACCACCCACAGCCUACAUGCCACGGGCUUGGUCACAGGCCGAUUUUUCUCGCUAUCAAGAUCUGGAACAGCUCCCUCCCGACUUUACCAAUCAAAGAGUCAACUACCACUUCUUCCCCCGUGUGCCUCGGAGAUCCAUUGACGCUGCUGCUGCGGCACUGAAAACGAACUUUGCAUACGACUAUGACCAAUCCUGGAGAUUUAAAAGACCCAAUACAAUUGCCGUCCCAGAUCUUGACCAGGACCGGAUGGCCGACUUCAUCUCACCCCAGGAACUACGGCAUAUCCCCUCAGACCUCAAGUGCUCACAAGAAGAAGCCCUUGGCUUUGUUGGAAGUAGUACCAACCCCGCCAUCGCCGAUGGCGGCUUGGGGUCCUCGCCACACCAAAGCUACCAAGUCAACAUAUCCCCACCCGAGAAUUCGUCCAAGUCUGAGCUCCAGAAGGCGAUGGAAGAGGAAAUCCACUCGUUUUUAGAACGUCAUCGCUCCAACGGAGGAAAUGAAUUGCGCUCCGAUGAGGAGAUUUUGACUCAAUUCCGCUUGUCAUUACACGGCAGCGAUGCCAUGACGAGUUACGCUGCCUCAUCUGUGGGGCCGCUGUCGAGGACCACCGACGCCGAACUUUCUGGAGGCAUCCGAUCGCCUGCGACAAGGUCGACGCAGUUUCGGUGCCACUAUGAGGGAUGCACAAAGGUGAUGCAAAGGCAAAGUGAGCUAAACAAGCACAUGAAACGGCAUCAGAAGCCAUAUGGUUGUGUCCACGACGGAUGCACCAAAACCUUUGGCAGUAAAGAUGAUUGGAAGAGGCACGAACGGAAUCAACACGAACAACAAGAGUGCUGGCAUUGUCAUCGAUGUUUUCGUGUCUUUUUUCAUGAUUCAUCACGCUUCAUCAGGCAUAUGCAGGAAGCCCAUUCGAUUCCACGACCCGAGGAAGUGGCCCCGGAACGCCGAGUAUCACGCAACCAUCAGGGUCGAUUCUGGUGUGGAUUCUGCAAGGAUAUCAUCGUACACGUACAGACUGAUACAGAUGCCAUCACGCACCGCUUCGGUCACAUUGCCGAUCACUUCAUGAAGGAGAACAAGUCAAGCAAGGAGUGGGUGGAACUCACAGGCAAUGGAAAGACCAAGGGAGCACUAUCUGAGGAGAGGAAGCAGAGCCAAGGUAUCACAGCUGAAGAGGAUGAAGAUAUCGCAGAUGCCUCACAGACGCCCUCCUGUGGUUCUCAAUCUUCGGCUUCCCAGCAGAGCGGCCUGUCGCCAACCUACCAGCCUUCCUCAAAGCAUGCCGUGGGUCCCCACAGCACUCAGCAGAAAGCAUCAAGUAUGGGUCAAACCCCUGGCACGACAGCAGUCUCUCGAACGUCGGAUACACUCGACCACAGUCAGACUCGGAACCCGACCUCUGGUCGACGGCACCAUCUGCCACGUAAAGCCUUUGCCACGGUCAUCACCUGCUGCCAGUGCGACUCAUCCAACGCCUAUGGCCUGAGCAAAUUCUGUAUGAUUUCAGAUUGUCAGCACAAGUUCUGCGACCGCUGUGUCUGUGCUCACCCCAAGGGCGCCAUCUAG